AAUGUAUGUAUGUAACUACACCGUACUCCGUACAGUACAAUAUAGUUACAUACAUUAUCUUGGCACCCAUGCGGCUUUGUCCGUUCAUCGUGCGCGAUCAUGGAUAUCAACAUCACCAUAACCCAAAACAACCAACCAACCACCAUCACAGCUCAUUCCAUGGAAUGACGACUUCCACAGCAGCAGUGACAUCACGGGUGUGUCGAUACUUCGUCGGUUAGUUACCCGCUGCUCUUCCCCGCCCGAUCUCGAAUGGAGUGAUGGACGAUGCCAAAACUUCGGGUUCAGAACAACCACAUCAUUAUGUGCUUGCUACAUGUUAAAAGUUUGUUUACGAAUUCGUCCCUGUGCUCAUCAACCUUGAGGGGUGCCCAGUUGUGGAUUGUUCUUCCUGAAAUCAGGGUUGAUGAGUCGCGGGAUAUUAUCCCUGUAAGAAGUUCUGCCUUGCCUUGCCUUGCCCUGCCCUGCCCUGCCCUGCCCUGCUUGACGAGGAAAAAUGCCUUUGGUUUGAGAGAAGAGAUGAGCGUCAAAUUUUGAUUGGAAGAUUCAGCGGGUCGGUCGUUUGCUUGGAGCGAUGGUUGGAAAUGGGCAUAUAUAACGCACAGUACACUUGAACAUGGUGCCAACUCAGGUCGGAAAAACAGCUCAGCGUGGUUCCAACCCCAUUUCAACUGGAACUCAUGGCAUGGCACUACCCCAUUACAAGUGCUCAACACCCAAUGUGUAUUUUAGAGGGAGGUGAAAUAACAUGUGGUGGCCCUGGUGGGUGGGAUAGUUGUUGAUCUCUCAUCAAUCUCGGAGGAGCUAUGUGUGGAUCACGUGCUGAGAGGCGAUUGCUGUGGCAAAACCCCUCAAGGUUGGUGGCCCGCUGCAUACGCUGGAAUAAUCGACGACGAUAUUAUUAUUUUGGCAUUCUCAGCCACUUGGAGCACUUGGAGCCAUCCUCACUAACUACUCCCCUCCCCCCACACACCUAAAAGUGGCUUGUGGGUGUAUUGCAGCGAAUCAGAACUUGGCUUAGGUGUUGUUCCGCACAUCUAGCCAGGCCCCUGAAUUAGCAGCAACCGACGUUGAACCUAGAAGGUUCUGACCUUAUCCCACAACGAAAUUCUACGCGCUACUAAGUUUUCAUACAACAACAAAGUUUUCAUACAACAACAAAACAACGGAUCAAUUAUUUAUGAAUUGAGGAUUGAAUGAGAACAACUGUGAAAAUAAGAAACAAAGAAAUGAAUCCACCAGGUGAAGAGGACAGGAAAAUGUCUGUUAUAGAUAUCACAAAGGACUUAUCGGCUCUCUUCCUCCAGCAGGUGCAUGUGACACCAGAUGCUAUCGCCUUAGAGGACCAAAAGACCCAAUACACCUAUUCCGAACUCGACAGGAAAGUCUCAGAACUUGCUCUUCGUCUCCGUGGACAUGGCGUUGGUCGAGACAGCCUUGUUGGUGUGCUUCUGGGCCGCAGCGCCGACUACGUGAUUGCCUGUUUGGCAGCUCUUCGUGCCGGGGGAGCUUUUCUUGUUCUCGAGCUUGCCUAUCCCCCGAACCUCCUCGCUGAUGUUAUCGACGAUUCCAAUCCCACCGUGAUAAUCACGAAUCAAAGCCAGGCUGCCAAAAUAAAGGCCAGCACCCCAUUGAUAGUCCUCGACAAGCCGCAGAAAGAAACCCCGCAUGCGAACGAACUCCCGCCAUUACCUGCUGACGAUGAUUUGGAACGGCUAGCUUUUGUAUCUUACUCGUCCGGGACAACUGGCCGCCCGAAAGGAAUUGCAAAUCCACACCGGGCACCGGUCCUCUCAUAUAAUCUCAGAUUUCGACUUUCUGAUCUUCAGCCCGGAGACCGUGUGGCUUGCAAUGUCUUCUUUGUUUGGGAAAUACUACGCCCUCUCUUGCGAGGAGCGACGGUCGUUGCGGUUCCGGAUGAUAUGAGUUACGACCCUGCUGCACUGGUCGACCUACUUUCUGCGAAACGUAUCACAGAAACACUAAUGACUCCUACGCUUUUGGCCGCGGUACUUUCAAGGCACCCGGCAAUUGGGAGCCGUCUCCCGGAUCUGCGCACCUUGUGGCUUAAUGGUGAGGUCGUCAGCACUGAUUUAGCCCGGCGAGCGAUCAAAGCUCUUCCAAACACCCGACUGCUCAACUGUUACAGUGCCUGCGAAACCCAUGAGAUUGCGUGCGGGGACAUCAGGGAUAUGCUUGAUGACGAAGCCCUUUACUGCCCCGUUGGUCCACCAUUGUUCCCUAAACAGACGUAUAUUCUAGAUGAUAGUGGCAAACCAGUGGAACAUGGGGUUGGUGGUGAGCUUUUCAUUGGCGGGCCGUUGCUAGCCCGAGGGUAUCUGAACCGCCCUGAAACUACGGCCAAGGCUUUCAUCCCAAACCCAUUCGAUUCAACACCAGGAGCCCUCAUGUACAGAACCGGAGACACAGCCAAAAUGUUACCCUCGGGGCUUCUCGAGAUUAGCGGUCGCGUUGGGGCUAUGAUUAAGCUGCGUGGUUAUUCUGUUGUUCCAGGAAAGGUUGAAAAUGCCAUCAUCAACCAUCUUGCUGUUAACGACUGUGUCGUAGUCGCCCACGGUGAAGGUUUAGAAAGGCAAUUGGUAGCGUAUGUUGUCCAGGACAAGGCAAAUUCUUCUGGUCGGCCAAAUAUAGAAGUCAAUGAAUCAGGACAUAGCCCAGCAGCACGUCGCAUACUUUCUCCUUAUCUGGCCCACUACAUGAUUCCAGCAUUAUGGGUCGAACUAAAUGAGCUACCAACCCAUGAAGUCUCCGGAAAAGCCGAUUUGAAACGCCUCCCUCCCCCUCCGACACCCAAACCUAUAAUAACAAAUGGGCAUAAGGCUAAAAGCGAUCCAAUCUCAAUUGACGCGAUAGCCGAAUUUUGGGCUGCAUCCCUCAAAAUAGCACGCAGCGCCAUUACUCCAGAGCACAACUUUUUCGAUUUAGGUGGGCACUCCUUGUCAAUUGCUGACCUUGCCUCAAGACUAUCGAAAAAUUUUGGUUUCCGCAUCCCCCUCGACCGUCUAGUGGAUCCUCCAACGCUCACUGGUCACCUGAAAACGGUACGUGCUGUACGGGAUGGGCACACUGCCGCAUUACAAGCAGAUCUACCAGCAGUAUUACGCGCGGACUCUAUCCUUGACGAUGACAUUCAACCCUCCAGUGCGAAAACAAGGUCGCUCUCCGAGGCAAAUACAGUGCUCCUUACUGGCGCGACUGGUUUCUUAGGUGCAUUUCUCCUCAACGACUUGUUGGAAGCCACAUCCGCCAAGAUCGUGUGUCUUGUUCGUUUUAACGACCCUUCUGGUGAAGAUGGCCCGGGAGGCGUAGCGAGAAUACGCAGAAAUCUGCUUGAUCUGGGAUUAUGGCGCGACUCGAUCAUGGAGCGAGUCGAGAUCCUGCCCGGAAAUCUAUCUCGAAAACGCUUUGGUCUAUCCCCCCAGGCUUUCGAUGAUCUUGCCGCUCGUGUCCAGGUCAUCAUCCAUGCUGCGGCGACAGUCAAUCUUGUAUAUCCAUAUGCCGCCCUGCGAGGUGCCAAUGUAGGAGGGACGAGAGAGAUCUUGCGCCUCGCGUGUCAGUCCGGUGCCACAGUACAAUAUGUAUCGACAAACGGAGUGUUGCCUCCAUCUCAGAAAGGCUGGCCAGAGGAUGCCAUGCUUGAUGUAUCUGAAGUUCCAGAAAAGCUGCUUGACGGGUACGGCCAGACCAAAUGGGUGGCAGAGCAACUUGUGCUCGAGGCUGGUCGUCGUGGCCUGCCGGUGAAAAUAUUACGAGCCGGAACAAUAAGUGGUCACAGUACCACGGGCGCUGGAAACGCCUGGGAUCUCCUAUCUGCAUUAAUCGUGGAAUCGAUCCAUCUCGGUUAUGCGCCUGACGUAGAGGGGUGGCGUGCAGAGAUGACUCCAGUAGACUUCGUCAGCAAAGCUAUUAUCCAUCUCUCCAAUCAGACUCAAACCAAUCGGGUUAUGUUUCAUCUCGGUGACCCAAGCCCUGUCGACACACGAACCGUGUUCGAUUGCCUCAAGGACCUAGGCUACCCAACCCAGCGUCUCAGCUGGGAUGAAUGGGUUGCAUUGUGGACGGAGAAAAGAGCAUCUGCAAAAGGUGGAGAUGGCGCCUUUACAGUUGACAUCCUUCGAAGCGGCAUGCCAACUGUUGAUUUCCUCAAAGGCAUUGUUGUCCUGAGCAACGCUGAAACUAGGCCUUUCCAUUCGGACGUCGAACGCCCCAAGGUGGACAUUAUCUUGCUAGAAACCUACGCUCGCCAUUGGUUUGCCCGAGGUUGGCUCCCUCGCUCUCCUUCCCGGAAACAUUGCCUCAACGGAGUUUCGCAGCCAGUACCCAAAGGUCCACUUAGCGGCCAUGUUGCAGUCAUCACCGGCGCAUCUUCCGGAAUCGGUGCGGCGGUUGCUACUGCCUUGGCCCGAGAAGGGGCCCAUGUUGCUCUCGGUGCACGACGCACUAAAGCUCUUGAAGCCGUAAAGAGCACCCUUCCUCUCCGUGACAACAAAGCAAUUAUCCGACAAACCGACGUGACAGAUAAGUCCCAGGUGGAAGCCCUAGUUCGUGCAGCCAACGAGGAGCUAGGCCCCGUGGAUAUAGUUGUCGCCUGCGCUGGAGUCAUGUACUUCACAAUGAUGGCGAAUACGCAGAUGGAGGAGUGGGAUCGCACUGUCGAUGUGAACUGCAAAGGCCUCCUACACUGUCUCGCGGCCACUGUGCCGUCAAUGCUUUCUCGUGGUAAAGGCCAUAUCGUCGCCAUAUCAUCUGAUGCCGGCCGUAAAGUCUUCCCUGGACUAAGCGUCUACUCAGCAAGCAAAUUCUUUGUCGAAGCCACGUUACAAGGGCUGCGACUGGAGACAGCAGGUAAAGGCUUGCGCGUCACGAGCGUCCAACCGGGAAAUACGGCCACCGAUCUUCUAGGGAUGUCUACUGAUGCUGAGGCUAUUAAACAGUAUGGUGAACCAUCAGGAGCUCGGAUCCUAGAUCCGGAAGAUGUAGCGAACUCGAUAAUUUAUGCGUUACGACAACCCGAGCACGUCGCUGUGAAUGAGGUACUGAUUGAGCCUCGCGAUGAGCCCAUUUAAACGCUGACCCCGGGAAAAAAAAGAGAGGAAAGCCCGAUUUUCAACCAGCAGAUAUCUAUUAUACCCCAUUCCAAACAGGACAAAGCAGGUGAACAAACACCUUUCAUCAGGUCGCCUUCUUUUCAACAAGAUUGGCACGGCCAACUAAGUUACCAUUCAUUCUCCGUCGAUUUACAUUAGUUUAUAGCUCCUUUCCAUUUUCCGUCUAAGUAGCCGUACACACUCUCAUUAAUAACCCCAAUCAUCGCCUCACACUUUCCUGCGUCGAUGUCUUGCUCUAGACAUUUCACUUACUUAGCGGUGGAGAUAUUUGAGUCUACAAGAAAGCAACCACUCAAGCGGCAGAAUUCAAAUUGGAAAACAAAUUCUGCGCGUCCAUUCAAGUUCCUUCUGGGGAACAAGCUUUGGAUGAAAGAAAAUUAUUCGUGACAGUGAUCGAUACAUGAGAUAUGAUAGAGACAGCCCAUAGCGACAAAAGAAUCAUGUAGGUGACCACAGAACUAACCACAAUUCAAGAUACCAUUUUCAAACUACUACCAUUUUAUUUCAUGCCCAAGUCUGGGGGAUAUUUGAAAUGAUAACAGGUCUCAAGUUACGCAAGCUUAUCGCUUAUCUAGGAUUAGCCACACUUGCCACAAGUCAUCACGGUUUGUCUUGCAGCGAAAUGAGUUCGUAUGUAUAUGAGGAGAUCUGUCCUGCGUGGAACUUUUUAUGUAAAGCCUGGGACCAACUUUCCAGCUAACAUGCAUGUAAUAUUAUGGACGCCUCGCGGCGCUUGAAAGUACCACACCAAAAUAAACGACUGAGGAGAUGAAUAGUGAUACAUCAAAAGCAGGAAUCAAAACCGGCGGGAAAAACAGACAAAUGAAAAAAAGGGAUGAAAACUUGAGAUCCAAGGGGACAAAAACAGUAUCAUGAACUCUCCACCCUCUAACAGAAACUUUUAGCCCAUAUCAGCAAGGGAAAAAAACAAUACAUAUGUCUGAUUCUUGUCAAUGUUGCAAGACGACCAGAACCGCGAUCUCGGAUCCCAUCUCCCGAGCUCGCAACGUGCUUUUUAAGGUUUUGGUAUGACUUGUCCAGCUAUUUUCUCCCGUACUUGAAAUGAAUAGGAUCGCUCUCCCAACGCACACGAAUGAGAAGUAUGUAAUGUACAUGUACAUUACAUUACGUGCAACUCGCUCGUCAGCUCGCAGGGGCCGGUCUUUUCGGCCAUGUUGUAAUUCCACAUCAGCGGCUAUGCUCUCAGCACAUACUAUGCGGGAAGCUAGGGUUACUGCUUUGAAUCGGCUCGAGGGGUUUCCCCGCCGGCUUCCUGCAAAGUCUGGUGGGUUGAUCCACCGACGCUGGUGUAUCUGCCAGGGGGCCUGCAAACACAGGCUUGAUCAACAACAAGCAGAAGCAGAUUUUGAGUAAAACCAAAAACUGAGGAGUCAUUGUGAACGACUGACAAAAUGAGUUUCUUUGAGAGUUCGUGGCGAAGAGGGCUUCUUCCGAAGGUGGUGAAGAUGAGAGAAAGAGAAAGAAAGGGUUGUCAAGAUUCCGUUUGCAAUCGAACAAACUUGUUUCUUCUUAUAUAACUCCGCGCUUCUCUUAUAGCGAGCAUAUGGCCCCCUAUUCGGACGUAACUGGCAACCAUCUGUUUUUAGAACAGAAAUUGAUUUAGAGCUCAAGAUUGGAUAGCAACAGGUGUACUCCGUAGUUGAUUUUGAUAUUAAAUUUCGGCCGGCAUGUAGGUGUACGUAUGUAUGUAUGUAUGUCCUAUACCUGCUCCAUCGUGGCAGUUCAGCAACUCCAAUUUGUAAAGCACCACUAACUAGUCCACAAUGAGGAAGGCCAUGGCGCCCGCACAAAUAAGGAGGGGGGGGGGGGGGGGCGCUUAAACUCAUGCUCAGGUACGGAUGUAGAUAGAACUCAGCCUGGGCAAGGGAAACUGAUAUUAUCCAAGGGUCUUAACUAUCUCAAGAAUUGUAGUGACAAUGAUAGCACACAGUAUCCGUGCCAAUGAACCAAUCCCAGCUGCG